AUAUAUAUAUAUAUAUAUAUAUAUAUGCUGUGUUAUCUCCGCAAACAUUACCAUCUGCAAAAGGCAAUAUAAUAAUUGAUUCAACAAGGAAAUAUAUUUAGUAAAAGAAGAUAAUGAAUGGCAGGAGGAUCCUGGGGAUACCAAUAAAUGGUCGGAAGGACAAAGACGAAGAACUUCUUCUAUUCAAGGAAUUGCAUAAUCGUGAAGAACGCAUUCUAAGCCUCCUUCAGCCUGUUUCUGAAGAAUUUGAGCUCCAUGCUGCUGCUUCUGGAAAUUAUCCAAUCUAUAGAAUUCCAUCUGCAAAGAAAGGACCUGGAUUUGAAUUUCUUGCUGAUCAGAAUGGAAAAAAUGAUUACGACUGGUUAAAAACACCACCAGCAACUCCUCUAUUCCCAUCUCUAGAGAUGGAAGCACCUGCCCCUGAACUAGUCAUUCAAAGGGAGAUACCAAUCGUCCAACCUUUUUCACGGUUUGCAGCUGACAAUUCAGAGGCACCAAAGGCAAGCAAUGGAAGACCAAAAUCUCCACGUCCAAAUACAAAGCUCCCACUGAGAUCCACUACCCCAAGUCAGAGACCGAGCAUUUUACCAACCGAACCAAUUACAAAAAGCACCAGAGGAACUCCAAUAAUAAAUUACCAAAAACCAGUAACCGAUAUCAGUAAGCGAACAAAUAGGUUUACCAACACAGCAAAAUCCACAAACCAAAAAGAAAUACAUAUGGAUUCCCUUGCCUCAAACCAGUCCAAAAAAAUGGGAACAGAUUCAAGAACAAAGCCUAGAAGUAGAGGUGUGUCACCUCUAGUGAGAUCAAAAAUUCCGGCUCAAAUUCCAGAAUUUUCCAAUGAGACACCUCAUAAUCUAAGAACAGACCGUUCAAGUACUUCAGCUGCCCGGGGUCGACUUGGCAACCCAAUACAUUCAGUUCACCAUAAACCAGAACCCUCUAUAAAACCAAGAAGGGAUUCAUGCUCACCAAGCGUAAUGAGGGGUCGAAAAGUGGAAUCCAAGCAAGAGAGUAGUAGUCAAGGGAAUGUGACAGCUCAAAAAGGUGGAGUUCUAACAGGAAAUGGGACACAUGUUUUCGGAAGUAGGAUGGUAGACAAGGUGAUGAAUGCUAGAAAAUCAGGCGCUGAAGGAAGAGAAACAAAGCCAAAAUCGCGAGGAUUGAUUAAUGAAAGCUCUGACUUUGGAAUGAUGACGUCGAAAAGCUCAUUGGAUAUCAAAUUCAAACACAUGGAGAUAAAGCGAGAUCAAGUUAAUUCCAGUAAUCUUAGCGUUGUUCCUGGAAGCAGAAGGUCAAGCCGAAGACAGCUUUGAUGAAUUUGCCCGACUUUCUUCUAGUAUGAACGGAAUCGAAUAGGAGCAAGCAAAUACAUGUUCCAAUUGAAUGAUUAGUUAAUCAUCGUACUAGUACUAUGUAAUAAAAUUUUGGCAUGAGAUGUUUUGGUGAGUAAA